AAUAGAAUUAAAUAAAAUUGUAAUUCUUUUAAAUGGUAUCUUUGAAGUUGUAUAAUUUAAUUUAUUAAUUCAAAAGUAUUUAAUUAAAUUGCCUGGUGUUACGAAACGACAGAAUGUAGUUUCCCACUAAGCUAUUUUUUUUUUUUUAUCAUUUGAUUGCAAUUUCCUGUAGUGAUGCAAACCUGUCUUAUCCGGUUUCACUUCUGAUAUGGAUAAAGAAAGUUCACAGAAUGAUGAAAAAUUAUGGGGAGGUCGUUUCUCCGGGAAGCUUCAUCCUCUUAUGGAAAAAUUCAACGCUUCUAUUGGAUUUGAUAAACGUUUGUGGAAAGUUGAUCUGACGGCAAGUCAAGCAUACGCAAAUGCUUUACAAAAAGCAAAGUUAAUAUCCGAAAAUGAGUGCCGUCAGAUGAGAGAUGCUCUUGAAAAGAUAAAAGAAGAAUGGGCCGAAGAGAAGUUUCAAAUCAGAGAUACAGACGAGGACGUUCAUUCAGCAAAUGAAAGGCGAUUAAAGGAAUUAAUCGGUAACGAUGUAGGGGGAAAGCUUCAUACCGGAAGAAGCAGAAAUGAUCAGGUGUCUACAGAUAUGAGGUUGUGGUUAACGAAUGAAAUCGAUACACUGGAAUAUUAUUUGAUAAAUCUUAUAAGUUCUUUACGUGAACGUGCCAAAAGGGAAAUAGAUAUUAUUUUUCCUGGUUACACACACCUUCAAAGGGCACAACCCGUAAGAUGGAGUCACUGGCUUCUUAGUUAUGCCUGGUAUUUUCAACAAGAUGCAGGAAGAUUAGAGUGCUUGAAGGAAAGAGUUAACGUAUCUCCUUUGGGGAGCGGAGCUCUGGCCGGAAAUCCCUUUGUGGAUCGGGAAUUAUUAGCAGAAGAAUUGAAUUUUUCUGGUUGCACUCAAAAUAGCAUGCACGCCGUUGGCGAUAGAGAUUUUAUAGAAUUUGUAUUUUGGGCAUCGUUGACAUCCGUGCACUUGAGCAAAUUGGCAGAGGACCUAAUUAUUUACAGCAGCAAAGAAUUCGGUUUUGUCACCAUUUCGGACGCUUACAGUACUGGUAGCAGUUUGAUGCCUCAGAAGAAAAAUGCAGACGGUCUCGAAUUGAUACGAGGAAAGACGGGAAGGAUUAUUGGACACUGUACUGGAAUUCUGGUUUUGCUCAAAGGUCUUCCAAGUACUUUCAAUAAGGAUUUGCAGGAAGACAAAGAGGCAAUGUUUGACACGUACAACACCAUAAGUAUGGCAUUACGGAUUGCCGCUGGUACUGUGAGAACCUUAAAGGUUAAUCCGGAAGCCUGUCUGGCCGCUCUUUCUCCGGACAUGCUGGCAACAGACAUUGCCUAUUAUCUAGUACGAAAAGGGGUAGCAUUUAGAAAGGCACACGAGUGUGCGGGUAAAGCGGUGGCCCUGGCAGAAGAAAAGGGGACGUCUCUCCCGGAAUUAUCGGUCGCCGACCUCCAAAAAAUCUCGAACGAGUUCGACGAAGACGUGGCUGAGCUGUGGGACUACGAGGGAAGCGUAGAAAGAUACUGUUGCACUGGCGGCACAAGCAGAUCCAGCGUGCAAUCCCAGAUAGCCCUGCUGGGAAGAUGGAUCGAAGCUCGCGACCCUCACGUUACUUUUGGCAAAAGUGCAGACGAAGAUCUUCCCCACACCAGAAUGUAGAAUGCCCCUUUUAAUGAAGAGUAUUGUUACUAAAUGGAAAAUGUGUGUGAAGAGGUUGAGAUCCAGUUAGUAAUAAAUUUUAAAAUUUAGAGGAAAAUGUUGUUUUUUUUCAUACAGAUGUACCUAUUUGCCCAGCUGUGAAUUAAACAAACAAAAAAAGCA